AUGGAGGUGUCUUCUGAGCUUUGCAGCAAGGGAUGUACCCCUUGGCAGAGGCUCCUGCUCACAGCCUCCCUUUUAACCUGCUGGCUUCUGCCCACCACUGCCCAAGUCACCAUCGAAUCUUUACCGCUCAAAGUGGUUGAAGGAGAAAAUGUUCUUUUACGUGUUGACAAUUUGCCAGAAAAUCUUCUAGGCUUUGCCUGGUACAGAGGGAUAAAAAAUUUGAAGCAAGGAAUUUCACUAUAUUCACUGGCCUAUGGCACAAAUGUGCAAGGUCCUACACACAGCGGUAGAGAGACAUUGUACAGCAACGGCUCCCUCUGGAUACAAAAUGUCACCAAGGAGGACACAGGAUAUUACACCUUUCGAACCAUAAGUAGACGUGGAGAAAUUAUAUCAAAUACAUCCCUCCAACUUCAUGUGUACUCCUCUCUUUACAUCUGUGGGGGUCCUUACAAACCUCGACAGCUCACUAUUGAAUCAGUGCCACCCCAUGUUGCUGAAGGCGGAAGUGUUCUUUUACUUGUUCACAAUCUUCCACCCUAUCUUCGAUCGAUUUUCUGGUACAAAGGGGUGAUUGUGUUUAACAAGGUUGAGAUUGUCCGAUUCAGAAGAGCCAAAACUUCAUCUGAGCUGGGCCCUGCGCACAGUGGUAGAGAAAUUGUGUACAGAAAUGGAUCAAUGCUGCUCCAGAAUGUCACUUGGAAAGACACUGGAUUCUAUACUCUACGAACUCUGAAUAGAUAUGGAAGUGUGGAAUUAGCACACGUGUACCUUCAGGUGGACACUUCCCUGUCCUCGUGCUGUGACCCUCUCAAGUCUGCCCCACUAACGAUCAAUCCAGUGCCACCACAUGCUGCAGAAGGGGAAAGUGUUCUUCUCCAUGUCCAUAGUCUACCAAAACAUCUGCAAACAUUUUCCUGGUACAAAGGAGUGUGUAGCACUCAGGCAUUUAAAAUUGCAGAGUAUAACAUAGCUACAAAGUCCAUCAUCAGGGGCCGAGCACACAGAGGAAGAGAGACAGGGUACACCAAUGGAUCCUUGCUGCUCCAGAAUGUCACUGAAGAAGACAUGGGCUUGUACACUCUAGUAGUGAUAGACAGCAAUUUCAAAAUUGAAACAGCACACGUGCAGGUCAACGUGAACAAGCUUGCGACACAGCCUGUCCUGAGAGUCACCCAUACAACGGUUAGAGUCCAGAGUUCAGUGGUCUUCAGCUGCUUCUCAGACAUCACUGGGAUCUCCAUCCGUUGGCUCUUCAAUAAUCAGAGGCUGCAGCUCACAGAGAGGAUGACUCUGUCCCCCUCAAAGUGCCAACUCAGGAUACAUACUGUCACAAGGGAGGAUGCUGGAGAUUACCAAUGUGAGGCCUUCAACCCAAUCAGCUCGAAGACCAGUCUCCCCGUCAGCCUGGCUGUGGUGACUGAGUGA